UGUCGUCGCUCCAGAAGUACCUUUACCUGACUGAACUCCACUCGGUCCCAGUUGCUGCAAUUAUAGCAAAGAGAUGGAGGCAAUCCUCAGUGUUCUCGGCUUGGAGUGGUUAGAUGGCAGAGGUUUAUUAAUAUUUUUUUGCAUUUUUCUGCUGUUGACUGGUAUUGUGACGAACAGAGCUCCGAAAAACUUCCCUCCCGGACCGUGGGCUCUGCCUUUCAUUGGUCAUCUUCAUCGCAUCCAAGCUACAAGACUUCACCUGCAGUUAACAGAGUUUGCAGAGAAAUAUGGAAACAUCUUCAGCCUUCGUCUCUUUGGUGGAAAGGUCGUGGUCCUGAAUGGCUACAAGCUUUUGAAAGAAGCCCUGGUCCAACGAGGAGAAGACUAUGUAGAUCGUCCCUCCAUACCGUUGUUUGAAGAAGCAGUUGGGAAUAAAGGCAUUGUGAUAUCAAAUGGUAAUCCAUGGAAGCAGCAGAGGAGAUUCGCUCUUCAUACACUCAAAAACUUCGGUCUGGGCAAGAAGACCCUUGAACUAUUCACCCAGGAGGAGUGCCGAUAUCUCACAGAGGCUUUUGCAGAUCAACAAGGGAAACCUUUUAAUGUCCAGACACUGAUAAACAAUGCUGUGUCCAACAUCAUCUGCUGCUUGGUGUUUGGGCAUCGAUUCGAGUACACUGACGAGAAGCACCAGAUUAUUGUAAAUAACUUCAGUGAAGUACUGCAGUUGCAAGGAGAUUUCUGGAUCCAGGUUUACAACAGCAUGCCCUGGCUGAUGAAGUGGCUGCCUGGACCUCAUCAGAAGAUACUCACUCUGAUAAACCAGAACAUUGACUUUGUAAAAAUCAAGAUUAAAGAACACAGAGAAACCCUCGACCCCUCAUCCCCAAGAGACUACAUUGACUCCUUUCUUAUUGAAAUGGGAGAUAAGGAGAACGAAGAUUCUGGUUUUGAUCUCAAUAAUUUGUGCAUUUGCACUCUGGACCUGUUUGGUGCUGGAACUGAUACUACUGCCACCACUUUACGUUGGGGGUUGCUGUACAUGAUCCACUAUCCUGACAUACAGAUGAGAGUCCAGGCUGAGAUAGAUGCUGUGAUUGGUUCAUCCAGACAGCCCUCCAUGACUGACAGAGAAAACAUGCCCUAUACUGAUGCAGUUAUUCAUGAAAUACAGAGAAAGGCCAACAUCUUCCCGCUCAAUGCAGCCCGCAUGGCAAACAGGGACACCACACUGGAUAAGUACACAAUCCCAAAGGGCACCAUUGUAUUGGCUACACUGAACUCUGUCCUGCACGAUGAGUCCAUGUGGGAAACUCCACACUCCUUCAACCCUCAGCACUUUCUGGACAAGGACAGUAAAUUUAGGAAGAGAGAGGCCUUCCUUCCUUUUUCUGCAGGAAAGCGGGUGUGUCUCGGGGAACAGCUGGCCAAGAUGGAGUUAUUCCUCUUUUUCACCUCCCUCCUUCAGAGGCUUUCAUUCUCCGCACCUCCUGGAGAGAAACCCAGUCUGGAGUUCAACCUGGGAAUCACUCACUCUCCUAAGCCUUUCCGCCUCUGUGCCACACCAAGAUAAAUCACUGUGUUCCCCUACAUUUAUCUUGAAGAAUUUCUUCUAUGUAUCUUUCAUUUUCUAUAAUGUGAGAAAAACAUAAUUUGGAAGUAUUUUCAGGCAGUAGACCUUUUCAAUAAAUCAUUUUGCAUUUCUGAAGUAAUCUACUACAGAUGUGAAAAAAACAUUUAUGUGCACUUGUAAAGACCGUGCAUAUCAUGGCAGUCUUGAGUGUCCAGUCACUCCUAGAACUCAUUGUUUUUUGAAUGAUGGAAUUACUGAAACAAGCAUAUUCCUCAUGACACAAUAUAAGUAUAGUGAGUCUAAUGAGUGCAUCAAAUGGGCCCUAUUUAAAUUGGCUCAGAGAAGUCAGCAGCUGUAGUCACUGUAAUCACUCACAAGAAGGUAACAUUUGAUUAACACAACUGUCUACUGUCUAUACUAUAAAUUGCUGGCUGCAUAUUUUUGACCCGGCACAUUUUGUCAUAUUUCCAUAAAAUAUCAUGGCCCUGCUCUUCUAUGGGCGGCGCCCCUGGCCCUCUGACCAUCCAGGCUGAUGGGACACAGCUGCUGAUGGAGCACAGCUGUGCCAAAUCAGUAAUCAGCGGCAGUCAAAACCAGACUCACCUCACCAGGUGUUGCUGGUUCAUUGUCUCUGCUGGCUCCCCAUCAGUCGCUCUGCCCAGGUCUGCCUCGGUUCCGGUCUGUCGCCCUCCUAGUGAACAUUUGGACUGUGAGUUAAGCCGUUGCAUUUUAGUUUAGGUUUCAGCCCGUGUGGUGGCCAGUUUUUGUUGAUUGGCCUUGUUUAGUUUGAGCCUUGCUUAGUUUUAGUUAAAUUCAUUGAUUUCUGUGUGGAGUUUGGUUUAUGUUGGUCUGCUCAGCCAGGGUCUUAUGUUUCCUUUUCUUUGAAUAAAUUCCUGGUUUAUAAGAACUUCUGCCGUCUGUGUACCUGCACUCUGGGGUCAAACCCCCCCCGGGACAGAAAACCUAUGAGAAAUCUAUGAAAGAACCAUAAUGCAUGAUUGUUUUUGUGACAAAGAUGAAUGUGUCUCAAUGAUUCCAUCACAGAAAAUUUAAACUCAAGACUGCUAUGAUAUGCAUGGUUUUUACAAAUGUGUGUAAACUUUUGUUCAUAUCUAUAUAUUCAAACUUUCAAUAAAAUCCUAUUGUCCUAAAA